UCGUUCUCGAUCUCCAUUGCGGAGCUCGCGCUGAAUCCCUAACCCUAGAGGAAGCUCAAGGAGGUGGAUGAGAGUGAGGAGGCGAUGACGAGGAAGUGCUCGUCGUGUAGCCACAACGGGCAUAACGCGAGGACGUGUUCCGCCCGGGGGGUGAAGUUAUUUGGGGUUAGGUUGACGGAUGGGGCGAUCAGGAAGAGCGCUAGCAUGGGGAACUUGUCUCAUUGCGCUGGAUUGAACAUUGGAGGCUGUGGAUCGUUGCCGGCUGAUGGGUUGGAGAAUGGCGGCCGUGCUGCGGAUGGGUAUGCUUCUGAGGGCUUUGUCAAGGGGUCCUCUUCGAGCUGCGCUGCCCGUAAGAAAGGGGUACCUUGGACUGAAGAGGAGCAUAGAAUGUUCUUACUUGGAUUGAAAAAGCUUGGAAAAGGUGAAUGGCGGGGGAUAGCUCGUAACUUUGUUGUGUCAAGGUCACCUGCGCAAGUUGCCAGUCAUGCUCAAAAAUAUUUUCUCCGUCAAAUGAAUACCUCUGGGAGGAAGAGAAGAUCAAGUCUCUUUGACAUGAUAACUGAUGAAGCUUCAGAAACUCAACAAAACCCCACAGACGGUUCAGAAGAAGCGGAGGCACAAGGUCAAAAUCAACAACCACCAUUACCUCCACUGCCGGAUGACGAAUCUGAAUCAAUGGAUUCAAGUACAAAUGAUCUUCAAACAUCUACUCCAGCACCGGUUCCAGCACCGGUUCCAGCACCAUCCACUUACCCAGUGGUAUACCCUGCAUAUUUCAUGCCAGUCUUUCUCCCUACCCCUUAUUGGCCAAGUUAUCAGCUAGAUAGCGCUGGGAAAGAGGUGCAUGGCAUUGUGAGGCCAACAGCAGUACAUCCAAAUACCCCUAUAGACGUCAACGAGCUCAUGGGAAUGUCACAGCUCAGUCUAGGAGAUUCAAUUGGUAGACCACCUUCUGCACUGUCACUCGGAGGAUCAGAUCGGCAGUCUGCUUUUCAUGCUAAUCCACCGAGGAAGGAUACAAGUACAAAAUCCGGCGCUAGUCCAAUCCAUGCAGUUUAGUAAUUUUGCCCAUCAUUGCAGACCCAAAUUUGGUAAAUUUUGUUAUGGUAGUGCUGUUUGUUGUUAAUACAGGACAAUAAUUUCCCUGUUUUUGUAGGUUUCGUAUAUAUAUAUACAUAUCUAUAUUUGUACAUCUGAAGUUUUUGGCAUGCUCCUAAUGUUGAUGUGGCUAACUUAUUCUUCAUUCUUUUUUAACAAUGACUCGACAGUGUGUAUAUUCAACUAUAAUGAAUGCCAAUUACCUGGUUUACAUUCAUUU